AAAGCAGAGGGGCCCUCAGGAGGUAGAACCUGAAUCCCUUGCCUGAUUUUGACUAUUGGGAGGGAUGAAGGCCUAUGUACUCUGACCACUUAUCUCAUUUGCAGGCAAAUACAGGCAGGGGUCUUACGGGGACUCAGGACCAGAGGUGAAAGUGGGCCCUGGGUGCCUAGGCCUCCUGUGUGAGGACACUGAGGCGGGGCAGGGAGAGGUGUUAGACAAGACCAGCCGGCUGCUGGUGCCCUGGUCCUCGCCCUCUGAGAGUGGAAGGGUGGGGGAGGCGGCCGGGCGUUCCUGGCUGGGAGCCCAGAGCACUCUUUUGUAAUCACAACAUGAUCUCUUGUGCUGAGCAGCAAAGCUGAAGCCGGCAGGCAGAGGCAUACAGGCCCGGCUCUGGUGGCUUCAGCUUCCCUCCAGCUCUGGCUCCUGGGAGCUGCUUUGGAAUUCUCUCAGCGCCCGCUGUUUCCAUGCAUUUGGCUGAGCCUCCCCGAGGAGAGUCCACGAUGCGCAGGCAUGAGGAAAAAGAUGCUGAGCUGGACCGAAGGAUAGUUGCCCUGCGUAAAAAGAACCAGGCCUUACUACGCAGGUACCAGGAGAUCGAGGAAGAUCGUCGGCAGGCAGAGCAGGGGGGCAUGGCUGUGACCACUCCAGGGCCCCUCCCAUCCGACAGCCUCACCGUCACCAUCAGCCAGAUUCCUGGUGAGAGGAGGGUGGUCAGCCGACACCGGGCCAGGGUGCCCCUUUCACCCGGGGUGACAGGCACACUGCCAGAUGAUGAAGAUGCUGCAGACCCAAUGGGUAACUUCUGCUUGGUGGACCGGGUGGAGCUGGCUGUCACCAUGGAAAACAAAGCCAAGGCCAAACGGAUUGUAAGUGAAAAACCUUCGACCCAAGCAAGGACCCCAAGGGCAGCCGGAACAUCUGGAGGAGGCCGGGGCGGGAGUUCUCCCGUGCAGAUGACUGUCGGCUCAGCUUCAGCAGGGAAGGGUGUGCUGGAGCCCCGGAGCCCAGGCAGGGACCCAGGCCCACCUCCCCAACAGCCCACGGGCCUGCCCCCCGAGGCCAGCUGGGACUACAUGCAGUGGAAACAGGAACGAGAGCAGAUUGACCUGGCUCGCCUUGCCCGGCACAGAAAUGCACAGGGUGACUGGAGCCGCCCGUGGGACCUGGACAAAGCCAAGCCCAUGCCCCAGGACCGCAACAAGCCGAGGAACAAGGACCUGACCACGGGCAGCAGAAAGGGUCCUAGGACCCACCAGAAACUACAGCCCCCACCAUCAUCCCCAGAUGGGAAAUGUCAUGGUGUACCAUCUGGAAGACCCUUGGUGACAUCCGCCACAGGCAGCAAAGCCCAGGGGAAGGAAAGACUGACUGGCAGGGCCCGAAGGUAUGACGUGAAAGAAGAUGAGAAGCUGCAGAGCCAGGAGGGAAGCCAGAGCACCCCAAAGACUCCCACCACAGAGGAAGAACACGGACAGAAGCAAAUGGAGGCGGGCACACAGGAGACCGUGCCUGCAACCAGCCCCACUCCGGCCUCUCCAGAGGGGCUAAAAGUGGAGCCAGGAGCUUCUACCGUCAGUUUGGCCCUAGACUCCCCACAACAUUCUGACUUGGCUCCUCUUGACCUUUCUCUAGGAGGAGCUAGCAGCCCCAAGCCUGGAAAAAGUACGUGUGAUCUCAGUCCAAAAUCUGAGGCUCAGGAAAGCCCAGUGCCAUGGCCAACUAGUUCUGAGCAGCAGGGCCUGGGGUGGAAUGACCACCAGCCUGGGCAUGGAGUCCACGCUUCUGCCGAGUCACAGAGAGAAGCAGAAGCCUCCCAGCCCAAAGAGGACAGGGCUGGUAAGGCUGGGGCCCAGCAGAACCUGGCACCAAGAAGCAGGCCCCCCAGAGGAAUUGGCCAAAGGGCAAGGGGCACAAGUAAAAGAACCAGAGAAGGAGGUCCUGGCCCUGCAGGAAGGCGCUGAAUAAAGCUCAUGGGAGUUGGGGAGCCAGGCUGUGGAGGGGAAAACGCAGUCAAGAUGCUUCUGUGUGGGAGUCUGGUGGCUGGUGGGAGUCUUGUACCUUUCUGGUUGAGCAAUGUUGCAAAAUUCUGCAGGGACACCAUGCGAGGGCCUCCUGUGCACAUCUUUCUACACAAGUGGGUUUUCACUGGUAGACAAGGCCCUUGGUGUAUUUGCCUGGUUGGGACCUCUUGUUCAAGGUUGGUAUUCCUGGCCUGGGCCUGCUCCUGCCUUAGGCCGCACGCCUUUCCCACAAAGCAAGAUUUGGUAGUGCCCCAGUAUGUGGGGCUCCUGGCUCCUUGUUCUCCCUCAUUGCCAGGUCUCUCUCCCCAGUCAAAGCCUUAGCUCCGGGCAGUCUCAAGACUAGUGUGGCCAGCCCAGCCCUGUUCUGAUUACCCAGGCCUGAUCCCCAGGCAUGGCCUUCCGAGAUAGCCAAACCGGGAUUUCAGCAGUUGCCUGGCACCCAGAGAGAGUGGGUUGGGACUCAUAGCUUACAGGAACAGGCUUGGAGUGGAGGAGUAGAACCCAAGGCUUCUUGGGGAAAAGGGGACUUCUAGAAGGCUUCUUUGAACGGGGCUGGACUUCACUUAGCCGUCCCCACCAGAGAAUGGGAGAGCCCACUAACGGGUCCUGAGCCUGCAUCCUCCGUAUCCAGAUCAGACACCAUAGGUGUGGCCCAAACUGACCUUGCAGCCCAGGACCAUUUCCUGUCCUCUCUUCCUUCUUCUCCACUUCUCCUCACCAAGGCCAUGCAAAGGCAAGGCACACAGCCGAGGUAGAGGAAUAGCAACUAAGCUAAGUGCAGCACCAGGCUGAGUCUGUCUAACUCCAUCUCCGUCCAGGCUCCUCCCCUGAGGCCCACGUCUGGGGCAUUAUCCAGACUCUGCACAAGCUGUGGCUUCCUUUCAGUACAACAAACAUUUCCUGAGCAUCCUCUUCCAGCGAUCCAGCCAGUGGGCGACGGUGACUCUGCCAGCAGGAGGGAGGGGAAAGACGCUCAGUCAUCAGACAGCUCAAGGCUGAAUGGCAAGUGCUGUUCUCAUCUGCACAAGCCUGGCAGCACUAGUUAUGGUGAGGGUAGGAGCCCGAGGAGACCCACCCCACCUCCCCUCCCCUCCUUUGAUAUGGCAUGUACCCUUUGCUUCCAGACCCUUGUCUUCAUGGCACCAUGCUGCCCCACCCCCCAAGGGGAAGUGGUUCUCACAUAACCCUCUGAAGCUCUGGGGGAAAGUCCUCGUCAUCCAUCUUUACACGUGAGGCCUGAAACUUGGGUUCCUGUCUUGGCCUUCCUUCCUGGCUCUUGGUUCCAUCUCUAUUCCCUCUACCCAGGCAGGGCUGAAUCUUCAGCAGGUCAGGCUGUUUAGAGGGCUCUUCUCGAGCUUCUGCCUCUGUGUGACCUGUGGCGCAGGUUGAACUCAAUGGCAUUGGAGGAUGCUUGAAAGUUUGCAUUUCCAAUAGGUCCCAGCUGAGGGAGGCAAGGCUGCUCGUUUUUUUUUUGGCCUGAAGAACCCUUUAAGGAGUCGGGUUCUAGGCUUGCGUGCAUGCAGGGUUCAGGUGAGAGACUAGUCUAGAUCUAAGGCAAGUUGCUAGGCAGGAACCGUUUGCUAGGCAAACCAUGCCAAGGGAAAGAGGCUUCCUGGCUCCAGAGGCCCCUGGGGACUCCUUUGCUCAUUGGGUGGUGGGGUCAGCUCUAUGGAGCAUCAAAAGAAAGGUGACCGGGGGUGUGGCAGGAUGGAGGGGGUGGAAGGGUCAGGGUCGUUGAUUUGUCAGAGGAAGUUCAGAAAAGCAACAAGUAAGAUAUAUAUAUAUACCUGUAUAUCUGUAUAUGUGAGACAUAUCUGGGCCAGAGAGAAGAAUCCAUAUUCAAGUUUUCAUCUUGUCUUCCAGUCUCAGGUAUAUGACUUUGGAGUAUGAUAUGACCCUGGUGCUAAUGACUACUGAAAGAUGGGGCUGAAAUCGAGCAUGUUCAGGCAGAGCUCUUGAAUUCAGAUGUUGAAAAAAAAAAAAAAAGACUGUGAUCAAGAAUUUGAACUCUUGGCUGAAGAUGUAGGUCGGUAGGAUCCGUUCUCAGCAUACAUGAGCCCCUAGGUUCAAUCUUUAGGAUCCCCAAGAUGAGAAAGAGGGAGGGAGAGAGAAAGAGAGAGAGAGAGGAGAGAUGAGGGGAGAAAAGGAGAGAGCAGGGAAGAGGGAGGGAGAGAGAAAAGAGAAGAUUCACAGUUUGCUUCCCGCUGGACAAUGCGCUUCAUCAGGCAACACAGGGCCAGGCAUGUUUCACCACAGGUUGAGUUUGUACAGAUCUGGCAGGGUUCUGGCUCAGUCUUUACACGGGACCUACGCCGGAGAAAGGGGACUGGCAAAGAGGCCUGAGAGGACCUGGGGCUUUUCUUCAUGGACAACAGCCAUUAGAGUACUGGGGGGAGCUGUCCUAGGGACUGGGGAGAAUGGAAGCCUAUGCAGCCAUCUUGCUUCCAGAAGCCUGCAGUGCCAGCAGCAACAGAAACCUCCAGAGAAAAGGAAGUACUCUAGGACAAGUCCAGGUGAUGCCUCCCAGCUCUCUGUCCAGGGUGUGGCCACUCUGCUUUGUUAAGAGUCAACUAUGGAGCAGGAGGAACCCAUGUCAGUUAUCCUCGUGAGGCUAUGACUUUUCCUGCUUGCUUCCUUUAAGGGUCUAACCUGGGGUUUUCCAUUAGGAAGCCCUCUUCCCUUCAACAACCGGACAAGACUUUUCUGAAAAUAGGGGUCUUCAUUAAACACAGCUCUGGGGAAACAGAUGCAGGGCCCGAAGGAGUCUAGCAAGGAGGGUCCCCAGGAGGACCUGGCAGGAAGAGGGCACCUUGAAACAAGGAGGGUAGAAGGAAAUGGAGAUCAUAUUGCGUGCCCCAAGCACCACUGUAGAGAACACGCUUUGGAGCCUGAGAGACUCCUAUCUACCUUGCUCAACUUUAACCUCUAAAAGCCUCAGUCUCCUUACCUGCAAAAGGAGGCUUGCAGUACUGACCUUGAAGGGUUGCCGAGAAAGAGAAAGCUUGAGUGUGCAAAGUAUGCCUAUGCUCAGUAGGCACUCUGGGAACAGUAGCCCAGCACACACAGAGAAUGUUGAAUAAAUGAGGUGAAGGUUUGACAUGA